AUGGAGAAAAAAAUACGAGAAACAAGAACGUGUGCUUUUGAUGCUCUAGUCCAUUGUUUGCUAACAGGUGCUAUUGAUGAACCUAAUUAUUAUUCAACAUUAGAAAAAGCUGAAAAUAAGUUUUGUAAGUUCAUCAUAGAAUUAAUAAAAACUGGACCAGCUAUAAAAACCAUGAAGUCACGUUUCCUACUAUUGAAAAAUCAUCAUGAAAAUAAGGAAAAUAUAACAGUUCAUUUUGAGAAUGAUAUUGGAUUAUCUGUCACUAAUUAUGAUUUUACUUCUUGCCCUGUGUUCAAUUGGUGCAAAUUGCUUGGACAUUUAAAUAAAGUAUCCAUGCCCAGUGCAUUAUAUUCAAUGAACUGUGAAGCUUGUGGUCAUCAACAUUGGGAUAUGAUUGAAACUUUAAUGGUGAAUUACAAGGUGAUUAGAAAGCUUGGUUAUAUGUCACUGCAAUCAGCAUUGAAGUGGAAUAUCAAGGAUUUUAUGGAGUGUGCAAAUUGUAAAAAACAAGUAAAAGUCAAUUGUCGGCUAACUGAUUACAACCCAGAGACACUUAUUAAAGCAGUUAAAGCAGUUAAAGCAAUUAAAGCAGUUAGAGCUGGUAGUCACGGGAUCAGAGAUCCCAGUGAACUGAUCGAUAUAUUGGUUAAUCAACUGUUAAUAUCAAGUGGUCGUAAAGUAUGUUCGCAUCCGCUCAAUGAUGAGGGGCCCUUUGAUGUUUGUGGUUCACAAUUUUUAUGUGAAAAAUGCAACUCACUAAGAAAAGCUCGAUGUGAUUUUUAA